GCCCCGAAGAACAUGCCGCGUAGAAAGGCGGCGACUGAGGACUGCAGCUCCGUGGUAGAGCCAGGGAGCAGGGCUGAAGUCCACCCGUGGAUUGGUUCUCCAUGGGGCUUGGGAAGGCCCUCCCAGGCGGGUGUGGCAGCAAGAGCAGCGUCCAGCAUCCGCUUCAUGCAUUAACAGUAACCCCGAGGAAAGGCAGGAAGCACCAAAGAGAGUGCUGAAAAUGGAUUUGUUAUCAUGUACCUUCAGUUCUCCAAAUGAUCCAGAUGGACAGAAUGAUAUCUUUGGGGAUCAGAAUUCUCCAGUGACAAAACAAUUAGGUAAAGGAAGAAAAAAACAGAUUUACACCACAGGUAGUGAUGAGAUAUCAGACAUCGUUAAUCGUGUUGCUCCUCAGGAUGAGAAGCCAGCAAAGAUCUGGCAGAUGCUUUUUUGAACACUAGAAACUCCAUGCUGGGCAUGUGGAUCGGUGCAGCUGCUAUUCCUUAUACUCUAAGUGUAGGGAAAGAAAAAUCAAGAGUAAAAAUUAGCCAUACAAAGUUAAAAACACAAUAUCGAGAAAAAGAACUUAUGAAAUUAGCUGAACAAUUUGAUAAAAAUAUGGAAGAGCUAGAUGUGGCUCAAGAGCAAAACAAGAGGAAUCAUGAUUUUAUCCAGGAGAUUUCAGAAGCAGAGACUUCACAUAAUUGUAAUGAUUAUGUACAGAUGCAUCCCUUACAUGACAUAGUUCCAAUUAUAGAUAAUGCCUUAAUAAAGAAACCAAUGAAAGGAAACACCAGCAUAUCUGUGGCAAAUGAUCAAAGCAACAGUCAGAAGCCAUUUGACCAAAAUGCUGAAGCAGCCUUUAAUGCCCUUUUUGAUGGUUCUACCCAGAAAUGUAGUGAACGGUUAAGCCAAUAUCUGGCAGAUGCUCUUUUGAACACUAGAAAAAAUGCUUUGAAAGAGGAGAAAAUCUUUAUUAAUGGUACUCUGGUCACUGAAAAACUGCCAAGUAAAACCCAAGAUUCACUUUAUCUACAGGUAGAUCCUCCCAUAAUGACAAAAUCAUGCGUGACUCCCUAUAGUAAAGAGCCAGAAGCUUCUAGUAAGCCCAUUGGUACAUUUACCACCAGUGAUUUUGAGGACAAUUGAGAAAAACUACUAAGUAAUGAACCUUUUGUUAUGCAAAAUGUUGAAGCUGAACUUUUCCCUUCUAAAACUGCCCAGGUUACUGAUCAUAAAGGAAUUUAUACCUUUACUAGUGAAUAUGGUGGAAGUACAUCAAGAACAAAUAAAAGUCUAGAUGCCAAGUUAGGAGAUUCAGAAGUUACCAAAACACAUAACAGAGAACUAAAAGAUGCUGGAAAAUACAGAUUUUCAUCAAAUCCAAAUGAUAAAUCAAGCAAAUUAUCAUCCACUAGAAAUAAAAUGAAAUCUUCAAGUAAAAUGGUUUUUCAAGACAAAACUCAAGAUUGUGCAGUUACAUUUAAUCUGACAAAAGGAAAAGAAGAUAUCUGUAUCAAUUUUACUUCUAAUGUAAAUACUUCUGAAAAGAAGUCUGCUUUGAACACAAAACAUUCUAGUGAACAAAAAAUAAGCCCAUUUUUGAUCAGUCUUUCAAAGCACCUGUUAAUAUUGAUCCCUUUGGCUCUUCAACUUUGGACUGUGAAGCAGUUGUUAAUAAACCAGAUCAGACUAAUGCAUCAAAGUCAGGUUCUUUCUUUGAUGACUGAAAUGAUCCAUCACUUGCCAAUGAAAUUUUGGAAACAUGUCAUUGAUUAGAGACUUCUUGGGAAGCAGAUAAUGUAGAUGAUGAUUUGUUGUAUCAAGCAUGUGAUGAUAUUGAAAGACUAACUCAGCAACCGGACAUUUUAAAGGACAACAAAACAUCAGAAAGUUUACUUGAGAUCAAUGAUAGUUCCAAACAUGGAGUGAAAAAUAUAUCUACUACAUCUUAACAAGGAAGUCAGUUGGCACAAUCAAAUCAUUUAAAUCUGGGCAGCAUUAAGGUGCAGACGUCCUCCUUGACAGUUGGCACACAAAUAAAUAAAUCAGUGAAGAUGGAGAAAAGGGAAAUGAGUGGAAAUUCUUCAGAAUUUUCGGGUACUACAACAAACUUGACUAUGUACUGUAAGAACUCAAAUUGUCAGAUGAAUAAUCUGCAUGUGUAUAGGAACAAAAGUGAUGUUCCAAUGCAAGUGCCCAGUUCCAAAUCAAUUGUGCAGGAAGUUCAAGUUGGAAUGUGAAUUCAAAUCACGUGAGCCCAGUAAUUGCUGGUAAUGAGAAACUGAAUACUCAGCAACUUUCCCAUAGGCCACAAACAGAUGAAGCACAAAGUGAGUUUAACAAAGCUGUUAGAUUUUCAAAGUAUACUUUUGCAAAGACAAAAAAUCCUCAGGUUACUUGUCAGCUUAAUCAGAUUUGUAUAGAAACAAGUAUGUCUACUACCAAAAUUACACAGGGUUUGGAGAAAAAGAAAACUGUGAACUCAAUACUUGGGGAAGCUGAUCAGCAGAAGUCUUUGGUGAAAAUUUCUGAAUCUUUGAAACAAUCUUCAAAAGAGGAAGAAGAAAAAAAUAGGAAAUAUUCCUCUGAAGAAAUUCAGAGAAAAAGACAAGAAGCACUGGCUCAAAGAAUGGCCAAAGCACAGGCAUCACCUAUAAAUUCAGCUCCCACUUAAUUUCUUCAAUGAGAUACUGGUUUGAAGACUUAUAGGUUAAUGAUAACUCUCUGUGAUAGGAAAUAUUUUUUUCUUGAUUUCUCUGUGAGGAAUUCUUAUUUAUAUAGCAUGGACUUCUACUUUAUUAUUUAAUAAAUGAUUGUUUGCAAUGGUAGAUGAAACCUAUCCUUGAGAAUCUAUACGAAAGUUUGGAAAAGUUAGCAAUUAUGGACUAAGAUUAUACAUAGGAAACUGGUUGUAUUUUCAUGAUUUCAGAAGAGCAUCAAAAAUAUGUAAUUACAAAAAUGUGUCUUCUAAUACA